GUUACGUCAUAAACGACAGUUGGCAGUCCAACAUGUCGGAUGAUGCAGGUAUAGUUGAGCUCGAAAUGACAGAAACAAAGAAGAAAAAUGCCAGUACUUCUGGACUUAAGAACUUCUUUGCUGGUGGAAUCGGUGGAGUAUGUUGUGUAGCCACUGGACAUCCGCUAGAUACCAUAAAGGUACGACUUCAAACCAUGCCUAAACCUUUACCAGGCGAGAAGCCGAUGUUUAUUGGUACACUAGACUGUGCACUCAAAACCAUAAGGAAUGAAGGUUUUUUAGGUCUUUACAAGGGCAUGGGAGCUCCAAUUGUUGGUGUUACACCAAUCUUUGCUAUUUGUUUUUGGGGAUUCAAUAUGGGGAAGAAAUUACAAAUGAAAGACCCUACAGCCGAUCCAACUUAUUUUGAGAUAUUGAAUGCGGGUAUGUUUGCUGGUGUUUGUACAACAGUUAUAAUGGCUCCAGGGGAACGAGUCAAGUGUUUGUUACAGAUUCAACAAGCUUCUGGUGCAGAAAAAAAAUAUGGAGGACCAAUUGAUUGUAUCAAGAAAAUUCAUGGAGAAUCUGGAAUUAGGGGGGUCUACAAGGGAGCUUGUGCCACACUGUUGAGAGAUAUUCCUGCUACUGGAGCAUAUUUUCUAUCUUAUGAAUAUCUAUUGAAACAAUUUACACCAGAAGGGGGAACUCGUGGUGAUAUUGGAGCACACAAGAUUCUAGUUGCUGGAGGUUUUGCUGGUAUGGCUAACUGGGUAGCUGCUAUUGCACAAGAUGUUCUCAAGUCUAGACUACAAACAGCUCCUGAGGGGACCUACCCUAAGGGAGUAAGAGAUGUUUUUAGACAAUUGAUGAAAGAAGAAGGUCCAACAGCAUUGUUCCGUGGUUUGACUCCAGUCAUGCUCCGUGCUUUCCCAGCAAACGCGGCCUGUUUUCUAGGAUACGAGCUUUCUAUGCGACUCUUUAAUUAUCUUGCUCCUGAUUGGUGAUGACAAACUUCUGAUUCGACCAAUGACUAUCUGUAAUAAAGUGUCUGGUAUGACUAGCUUAAGUAAAAUAACUUGGUCCAUCUUAUUUGGAGAAAAAAUAAAUUCAUUCCUAAAACCA